AAAAAUUGCAAAUUGAUUUAAUUAGUUACUAUGAAUGACCACAAGAAAAAAAAAAGAAGAAGAUAAAAAUUUUGUCCAAAAGACGGGCUAAUUUAGGGACUAAUAGCUCCCAAUAAUUGUAUCAUUUUUGGGUCUUCUUUUUGGGUUUAUGGAUUCGUCUCGCGAAGCCAAUCGUAAACAUGAUGCGGAGGAGAAAAGAGAAGACGAGAAAACUUCUCUGAUGGAGGUAAAUCUCAUGGUGGUGCUUCUCUCUCAGCUUUCUACGAAGAAGGAAGAUGAGAAUGGUUUGGAGAAAGAGAGAAGAGACCAUGUUGCACACGAGGCUCGUGAAUCUAGAGCACGUGCAAACAAGAGGUUUAUGAAGGAUACAAAGUUGAUGGAGAAAAGGACUCACGUGCUUCAGCCCAUGGCUAAAGAAUUCAGGCAUUACAGGAAAAUGUGAAGGCGCAUGACUGACUUGUGAUUGCCCCCAGAACCUGAGUUCAAUUAUAUUUAUUGGAUUCAAAUUUUUUUGUUAUUGAUCACUAUAUAUAAAGAUGAACAGAUCUUUUCAUUAUUAAUUAACUGUAAAAGAUGAAAAUGAAGAGAUUUUUUGGCGUAAUUAAAUGUAAGCAAGUAUUCGCUUUGUAACGAAGAUGUAUCCAAUCUUGUAUCAACUAUAGAAGAGAUGCAAAUUCAAUGUUUCAACCUAACCAGCAACAUGUUGUAUUAUUUUCUCUGCUCUAAUUCGGAUUUGUGAUGCUUAGUUAAAUUUGUGUGGUAUAUCAGA